GCGAGGCUCACGUCACGUCAGUAACAGGAAACGCGCGACGUGUAAACUGCAGCCGUGGGGAAUCUGCCCUUUGAGCCGCCAAGCGCCCCCUGGAGGAAUCUUGUUUUGGAAACUGCUAGCAAGCAGCAUUUGCUGCACGAAAACUAUUCUUUCACAGCACCUAACAGAGGAAAACAGCAUUUUCAGUGUUUAAAAGCGUCAGCGUUUUCAUUUAACAUCCGAGCCACAUGACCACAUGUCUAUCAGUCAUGUGAAUGCUGCCCAUAUGACACGCAGACAGCGUUUCCCCUUCAGCUGAAUACAGACGUCAAACAAUGGCAAACAAGUAUUCUAAAAGACACACGAAACAAAAGGCACUGGGAAAUGAAACUGAGCAAGCAUCACUUGCACUGACUGUAGAGAAGCAUCAAAGACAAGUGGAGGUGAUCUCUGGGUCAGCAUGGCAGGGCUUCAGGAGGAAAGUGUGUCUGCUGGUGCCAUACAUGUGGCCCGGGGGAAGUGUGGGGCUGCAGGCUCUGGUGAUUCUCUGUGUUGGGCUGCUGGCACUUGAGAGGGUCAUCAAUGUGUUUGUACCCAUUUACAGCAGGAAUAUAGUGAACCAGCUGUCAGCGAUGGAGAGCUGGAGAAUGGCCAUCACGGUCUGUGUUUACGUCCUCCUUAAGUUCUUGCAGGGCGGAGGGGUAGGGACAUCAGGGUUUGUCAGUAACUUGCGCAGCUUCCUGUGGACUUAUGUCCAGCAGUACACCAGCCGUGUGGUGCAGAUCCGUCUUUUCGCUCACCUGCAUGACCUCUCUCUACGCUGGCACCUGGGCCGCCGCACCGGAGAUGUCUUGCGCAGCAUUGACCGUGGAACCUCCUCAGUCAACAACUUGCUAAGCUAUAUUGUGUUCAGCAUUGUACCCACUAUUGCUGACAUCAUCAUUGCCAUCAUCUAUUUUGUGACGUAUUUCAGUGCCUGGUUCGGCCUCAUUGUUUUCAUUUGCAUGCUUCUCUACCUCACUAUCACCAUCAUUAUCACUGAAUGGAGGACCAAGUACAGGCGGGAAAUGAACACACAGGACAACAUUGCCAAGUCAAAAGCAGUGGACUCACUUCUCAACUUUGAAACUGUAAAGUACUAUAAUUCAGAGGGUUUUGAAGUCAGGCGCUUUGAGGAUGCUAUCCUGAAAUAUCAGGCAUGUGAAUUGAAGACCAAUGCUUCCCUGGCUCUCCUGAACCAAACUCAGAACCUGAUUAUUGGAUUGGGCCUGUUGGCCGGAUCCCUGCUUUGUGCAUACUAUGUUACAGUGGACAAGUUUCAAGUUGGUGACUAUGUUCUUUUUGGAACCUACAUUGUUCAGCUUUACACUCCACUCAACUGGUUUGGUACAUAUUAUAGAAUGAUCCAAAGUGCUUUUGUUGACAUGGAGAGCAUGUUUGAUCUGCUAACAGAAGAAAAAGAGGUAAAGGAUGAUGUGAAUGCAGGAGACCUGUUGUUCACAGAAGGAAGGGUUGAUUUCCAGAACGUGUGCUUUAGUUACACUGCUGGGAAAGAAAUUCUCAGUGAAGUCUCAUUCACAGUGAUGCCUGGUCAGACAGUUGCACUGGUUGGUCCGUCUGGAUCAGGAAAAAGCACCGUCAUCCGUUUGCUUUUCCGUUUUUAUGACGUGCAGGGUGGCUGCAUCCUUAUCGACGGUCAGGACAUCUCCAAGGUGAAACAGAACUCUCUCCGAUCCUACAUUGGUGUAGUUCCUCAGGACACUGUUCUUUUCAAUGAUAACAUCCGUGAAAACAUUCGCUAUGGACGCAUCUCUGCAAGUGACCAAGAAGUAGAAGAGGCUGCAGUGGCUGCUGAUAUCCACCAUAAGAUAUUAACCUUUCCAAACGGAUAUGAUACUGAGGUGGGUGAAAGGGGUCUGAAGUUGAGCGGAGGGGAGAAACAGAGAGUGGCCAUCGCUCGCACAAUCCUAAAAUCCCCUCGCAUUAUUUUGCUCGAUGAAGCUACAUCUGCUUUGGACAGUCAGACGGAGCGAAACAUUCAGGCUUCUCUCGCUAAGGUGUGUGCCAACCACACUACUCUGGUCGUGGCACACAGGUUGUCCACCAUCAUCAAUGCCGAUCAGAUCCUGGUUCUUCAUGAUGGGCAGAUUGCAGAACAAGGAAGGCACGAGGAGCUGCUGGCCAUGGGAGGACUGUACGCAGCCAUGUGGUUAAAACAGCAGCAAACCCCAGAGUCAGAGGUCUCUACAAAUGAACAACCACAGGAGCCACAGCAGAGUGACUGAAGCUGAUGGAGCAACGAUGAUGAAUGGCGAUGGGUGAAAUCAAUCAGGAAAAUGGUAAAAGAGCCCACUGAGCUGCAGAGUUCAGCUCAGACACAGGGGCACCAGACUGCACAACAGUCAUAAACUACGAAGAGUGUUUCUCAGGGAAAGGUGUCAUUAAAAAUCUACCAAUCAAUCAUUGAGUACCUCUAAAUAUGCUAAAGGGUUAGUUCACCCUAAAAUGAAAAUUGUCCUUAUUUACUCAUUACCCUCAUGUUGUUCUAAACUUCUGUGCAAAAUAAAAGUAGAUACUGUUUUGAUUGAGUUGUUGGCAACCAGUUGUAUGCACAAAAACACUUAGACAUUUCUCAAAGUAUCUUCUUUUAUGUCCCACAAAGAAAGUCAUACAGGGUAAAUAAUGACAGCAUUUUCAUUUUUUGGUGAAUUUUCCCUGUAAUGCUUAGGAAACGGCAUUAGUAUAAAAAUACUGUCAUGUGAUGACUAUAUUCAGUCAUUUCUGUUACAUUGUUAUUUCUUUAUAUUACAUGUAACAUCUUCUUUUGUUUACACUUCUAUCCAUCACUGUAAACUGAGGAGAUGUGGAGGUACCUCUAUGGUCUACAGAUGGGAAUUGUAGGUAACACGCUCACUUGCUCAGGGUCAUGUUUUUUUCAUUAUAAUGCCAGUACAAACAUUUUUAGUCACAUUAUAUAUUGCGUUGUUACUCAUAGUAAAUGUAUUGAACUACAUGUACUUUCCUUGUGCAUUAGGUUUUCUUUGAUGUUAUGUGUAGUAUUUAAAUUCAGUAACUUGAAUUUGUAAAGCAUGAAUUAUAGUUUUUAAAUUCAAGUAUGUGUAACAUGUACCAUGUAAAAUUUAGUGUUCCCAAUUUCUUCCUCCAAAAACAUAAUUUCAAAAAACCACCAGACCUCUUUAGGCUGAGCCAAAUAUUUUCACAAAAGUCUGGAUGCUUUACCAAACCACAUUAACUAUUACCCCCAUAUCAUAUCUAUCAUAUCUAUUUUGUUCACAUCCACAUUUAUAAUUUGAGAUUCAAAAACCAAACAUGGAAAAUACUCAUCAUGUACAUUUAAACCAAUAUUUUAAUAUUAAUGACAUGCAUGAGAGGUGUUUGAUAUAUAUAUUCUCUUUUUUUCAUUUUUUUUAAGUAGGUCUUUAUUGAUUUCAAGUUUGAAUUGGAACAAUUUGUAUUUAUGAAUGUACUGAAUUGAACAAGGAAUUGAAUUCAUUUUAAAAGAUAAACUGAUGGAUAUUAAAGGGACUUAUAUGAACCACAGAAACAUUCAAGAAUAUUGGAUGAUAAAAUAAAACAUCUGUAGCCUUUGAAUACUGCCUUUCACGGAAACAUUAGCUAGGUGUUUUGUACCUUUUUUGUGAAAUGUGCACAAGUUGGUCAAGUACUUAAUUUAAAAAAAAUAAAGUCUGUAAAUAAAUACAACCCUGACUAUGUACAAAAGUUAAUUUAUUUAGAGUAUUUACAUCUUUUCACUCCAGCUAUGGUUUAACACAAACAAUGACAUGUAUAAUCCUUUAAGACAAUUAACAUUAAAAUCCAUUAAGUAGAACAUGACAGAAAUAUUUACAGAAUAACGCAUUUCAAAAACGGAUAUUUCUCUUUAAUGAUUUAGGCUUAGAGUUAAGGAUUGGCUACAAUGCACUGAGGUUUGAUGGGGCUUUGGACCACUCACAUCAAUACUAUGAGAAAAGUAUGAACAAACGGGAGUCCAUGUGAAUGUUUAAAAGUUUGGGGUCAGCAGGUUUUUAUAAUACUUUUAUUUAGCAAGGACACAUUAAAUUGAUCAAAGAUGUUUAUCAUGUUUCAAAUAAAUGCUGUCCUUUUUUGUUAAAUGCUCUACUUUCUAUUAAACAAAUCCUGAAACAAAUGCAUCACGGUUUCCAUAAAAAUAAAUAAUACAUUUUUGAUGAUACAUUUUUCUUGAGCACCAAAUUGGCAUAUUAGAAUGAUUUCUGAAGGAUAUACAUUUUAAAAAGGAUUAAAAUAUUUUAAAAUUGUAAGAAUAUUUCCAAAUACCACUGUUUUUACUGUGUUUUUGAUCAAAUAAAUGCAGCUCUGCUGAACAUUAGAGACUUGCUGCUUUCAAAAACAUUUAAAAAGUCUUACUAACCCCAAACUUUUGAAUGAGUGCGUACAUUUCUGAGCAAGUAGAUGCAAUGCGGAAAAAUAUCGUCCUACUUUCUGUAAUUUCUGAAGAAUGUG